AGACAAACUAAAGAAUUGUCAUCAUAGCAGAGGAUGCUCUGCCUUUGUGUAUAUAUAGACUCCCUGGCACUUCCCUCCCCAAUCACCAAGAAUUAAGCCAACGAAAAAACAAAGCCUACUACAAGUACAACAUUAGUGAGACCCUGCAGCUCCAUCAAUGGCCGGAGGAGACGACCUGAAGCUGCUGGGUAUGUGGGCGAGCCCGUACGUGCUGCGGGUGAAACUCGCUCUCAGCCUCAAGGGCCUGAGCUACGAGUACGUCGAGGAGGAUCUCAGGGACAAGAGCGAGCUCCUCCUCAAAUCCAACCCCGUCCACAGCAAGGUUCCCGUGCUCAUCCACAACGGAAAACCCGUCUGUGAGUCGCAGGUCAUCCUGCAGUACAUCGACGAAGCUUUCGCCGGCACCGGCCCGUCCCUCCUCCCUGCUGACCCCUACGAACGCGCCAUCGCUCGCUUCUGGGCCGCCUACAUCGAUGACAAGAUGACGCCCGCUUGGAACAAGUCGACGAUGGGCAAGACGGAGGAGGAGAAGGCUGAGGGAAAAAAGCAGUCGCUCGUCGCGCUGGAGACCUUGGAGGGGGCGCUGAGGGACUGCGGCAAAGGGAAGCCCUUCUUCGGCGGCGACAGCGUCGGGUUCGUGGACGUCGUGCUCGGCGGCAUGCUCGGGUGGGUGCGCGCGGCAGAUGAGAUGCACGGCGUCAAGCCCUUCGACCCUGAACGGACUCCGCAGCUGGCGGCGUGGUCGGAGCGCUUUGGCGCGCUGGAAGCCGUGGAGCCGGUGAUGCCAGACGUGAGCAGGCUGGUUGAGUUCGGCAAGAUGUUGAUGGCACGUCUAGCGGCUGCGGCCGCCGGUGAUGCAAGCAACUGAAAGCGCAGGCUUAUUAGAUUAUUACUAUCAGUCUGGGAUUAGCUGCUUGCCACGUGGUUCAGACUUUCAGGCUUUCAGCUAGUGACGAAAAAGAAAUAAACGGAACGUGCUCUGCACGAUGUACGUUGCCUACUUGCCGUUGGUCAGUUUGUCAGUGAUUAUUUGUAAAAUUUUAUUUUGAAGUCA